UCACAAAGACAAACUACUGCCAACAGAACGAGGUGCAUAUGGUAUAAAGAUGGCAGCUGAAACUAAAAUGGAGUUUGCAAAUCAAAAUUACAGCAUACUCCAAAACCACUCUGUCACACGUCAGGAUUACGAUUCCGAAAUGACGACUCAACAACUUGCAGAAAUCUGCGUUUCCUCAGGGCUGGCAAUUCUCAUCGUUGUGUUCAACCUCGGUACCAUAGCAACAGUUCUCUGCAGAGACAUUUUGAGACGAUCCCCGAAAUACAUCUUGGUCGCUGUUCUGGCUUUUCUGGAUCUCGUUGUUGGAGCUGUCGUUUUACCAAUCCGUAUCCUCACACUGUUUAAAUACGACUUGAGAAUUUCGUGUGCAAGUCUAUAUCUAAUUGACUUUAUCAACGUAUACUUUCAAAGGACGUCAUUUAUAUAUAUGUUGACAUUUCUCAACAUCGUCGUCAUCGUCGUUGCCAUGAGGUCUUCGUGUAUGGUUGGCAAGAAAGGCAAGGUCACUGCUGCUUUAAUGGCGGUCCUUCCGUUGGCGUUCAGCGUGUUGGUACUAGCGCCCGUGUAUGGAACAGGAGUUCGAGAAAUCAGAGACAUCCCACUGAGACAGCAGAAAUGUUUUUACAUUUUAAAUACCAAACAUUCUCUAGCUCUCUACUUUCUUUCUGGCCUCAUUCCUGUUUUCGUUCUCUUCCUAACGACUCUCUGUAAUGUGUGUUCGAGCAUCAUGUCAAGCAACACAGUCGUUAACGAGAAAAACGAACCGGAAGUAGAUCCACGCGCGCACAUUCAUCUCGACGCGCUGCUCGUUAGUCUGUUUACCAUUCUCCUCGUACUUCCGCUUUCUGUCUUCGGGGUACUCCUCUACUAUGAUUCGUCGAUAUGUGACAUACAAACCUGCGAUAUUAUCUGGCUAUGUUUCCAGUACUUACCGUUUCUGAAGUCCUGCGUUGUGCCACUCUUAUGGAUUUGCAACAGAGACUAUAGAAUUGGUGUAACAAGGCUUAUUACCUGCCGUUGUUUUUGUUAACAGCUAAUUCAAUUUUUAGUUUAUUUUCAUUCCUGGUUUGUAUUUUAAGGAGGGGACUAUUUUAGGUUUAUGGGGAAAAGGGCCCGUAAUCACUACAUUGUAAAAAGCACAAGUGUGGAUUUUUAUUAAAAAAGUGGAAAAAAUAA